AUGGGCAACCUCACUGUAGUCACAGAAUUCCUCCUAUUGGAUUUCUCAAGCUCUCGGGAGCUUCAAGUGUUACAAGGUCUGCUAUUCUUACUGAUUUAUCUGGGAGCUGUUACUGGAAAUCUUCUGACCAUUACCGUCAUAGUGACAGACCCACAUCUUCACUUCCCAAUGUAUUUCUUUAUAGCCAAUUUAUCCCUCAUAGAUUUUUGCUAUAUCUCAGUUACUGUUCCAAAAUCUAUAGUGAAUUCCUUAACAGGAAUGAAGUUGAUUUCUCUCCCAGCCUGUGCUGCUCAGAUUUUCCUACUUAUCCUCUUUGGAUUCACGGAGUUGGCCUUCCUUAUUGUGAUGUCCUAUGAUCGUUAUGUUGCCAUCUGUCACCCCCUGCACUAUGGGCUCAUUGUCACCCCACAUAUGUGUGCACAGGCAGCAGGGGGGUCCUGGGCCAGUGGGAUGAUCUAUUCUUCUAUCCACACAGGCACCAUGUUCAUUUUUCCCUUCACAGGUUCCAAUGAGAUUCACCAGUUUUUCUGUGAUAUUCCUCAAAUUUUGAGUAUUUCAUCUUCAGAUGUGAGGUUUUAUGAGUCUGUUCUCAUUAUUGGAAGUUCUAUCAUAGUCAUAAUAUGUUUUCUCAUUUUGUUGACAUCAUAUGUUAAUAUAUUCUCAACAGUGCUUAGGAUGCAUUCUGUAGAAGCCCGUAACAAAGCCUUAUCCACCUGUACCCCACAGCUGGCAAUACUGCUUUUGUUUCUUAUUUCUGCAAUAACUUCUUCUGUAGGCCCCAUCUCAAAUAAAUCAUCUCUUAAAAGUCUUCUCAUAGCCAUGUUCUACUCUAUGAUACCUCCAUUCAUAAACCCCAUAAUCUUUAGUCUACGGAACAGAGAGAUCAACAUUGCUCUAGGCAGAAUAUUCAACAGAUAUUUUGAGUUUUCAAGCAGAAUUUUUUUUAUUUAA